AUGGAGGCUAAGACUAUGAUGUUUGAAGUGCUACCAUUCAUAGUCAUGGUGAUUAUGGAAGGGUGCGCCAUAGAACUAACCAUUUUUGCAAAAACUGCAAUAACUAAUGGAAUGAGCCCAUUUGUGUUCAUUGUUUAUACAAAUGCUCUGGCCACUAUAAUACUGUUUCCUUGUUCCUUUUUAUUACACCAAGAGGACAGAAAGGAGAGGCCACGUUUUACUCUCUCGUUGUUUAUGCGAUUUUUGCUCCUUGGUUUUACAGGGAUAACCAUGACUCAGACCUUUUUAUUCCUGGGUCUAAGCUAUAGUUCGCCAAUACUUGUAUGUGCCAUGGGCCACUUGAUCCCAACAUUUAAUUUUCUGAUCUCUCUCGUUCUCAGGAAGACAGAGUGGAAAUUGAGAAGCCCUGCUACCCUAGUCAAAAUGAUUGGUAUGAUUGUAUCGAUAAUGGGAGCAGUGCUAGUUGAAUUUUUCAAAGGACCACUAAUAAGACCCUCUUCUCACCACCUUCGACACACUAAGCAACUUUUUGUCUUCUCCUCAGCGCCAGAGUUUUGGGUUCUUGGUGGCAUUUUGCUUGCUGCAGCUUCCUUCUCAGUUGCAAUUUGGAACUUCAUUCAAAAAGAAACUGUUCAGCAAUAUCCAGAACCAAUGAAGGUGGUUUCUUAUUAUAGCUUACUUGGGACUAUCCUUAGUGCAAUGGUCUCAUGUAUAGUGGAGAGGGACACAAAUGCUUGGAAGUUAAAAUGUAACAUGGAGCUCAUUCUUGUUGUUAUGACUGCAUUAAUUGGGGGUGUGAUUCGUCCCAGUAUUCAAGUUUGGUUCAGUCGAAUGAAGGGUCCACUUUAUGUGACACUUUUCAAACCCUUUGGUAUUGCCUUUGCCACUACUUUUGGAGUUUGCUUCUUUCCCAACAGUCUUCAUUAUGGAAGUGUGAUUGGAGCAACUAUAAUUGGAAUGGGGUAUUAUACACUAAUGUAUGGACAAAUCAAAGGAGAUGAAGAGAAAAGCUGUGACGAAAGCACAGAUUCUUUGGACACUAAGAUUCCUCUUUUGCAAGAAAAGAUUGAAGUGUAAAUAAAGUUUCAAAAAUCAUUGAAGCAGAAGAAUUAACUUAUUUUUCAGAAUCUUUCUCUUCCAAAUUGAUUGUGAUAUAAUUCUCUUCCAUGAUAAUAAUACUUUAAUU